GGAGGGGGGAGGAAGCGUAAACCGGAAGUGGGAUUAAUAAGGCGGCUGGCACUUCCUGCUCGCUGUAUGAGGAGACUGGAAGCGGAGGGGAAAGCAGUCGAAGCGGCGGAGCUGUGACUGAGCGGCUGCCACUGUCAGCAGGAAGAAGAAGAUGAAAACCGGUUGCAGUAUUGGGGACAAGCCAAAAGGAGGGGGAGGUUAUCACUUCCCGGACUGGGCCUACAAGGCGGAGUCUAGCCCCGGCUCCCGGCAGAUCCAGCUAUGGCACUUCAUCCUGGAGCUGCUGCAGAAGGAGGAGUUCCGUCACGUCAUCGCCUGGCAGCAGGGGGAAUACGGGGAGUUUGUCAUCAAGGAUCCGGACGAGGUGGCCAGGCUGUGGGGCCGGAGGAAAUGCAAGCCCCAGAUGAACUACGACAAGCUGAGCCGGGCGCUCCGAUAUUACUACAACAAGAGGAUCCUGCAUAAAACCAAGGGCAAGCGCUUCACCUACAAAUUCAACUUCAACAAGCUGGUCAUGCCCAACUACCCCUUCAUCAAUAUAAGGCCCAACGGUGGUGUUCCUCAGAGUGCCCCACCAGUCCCCACAGCCUCAUCCCACUUCCACUUCUCUCCUUUGGAUUCCCCCAAUGACGAUGGACAUGUGAACCAUUUUACUGGAAGCUCCUCUGCGCAAUCCAGCAGGGAAUCCCUGAAUGAUGUCAGUGAGCGGAAACCAAUUCCUUCAGAACCUGAAGAUCUCCACUCGAUGGAGUGGCGUCGCAGUACAGACCACAUGUCUUCUAGGAAUAACAUCAACACAGGUCACCAUGGCCUUCAAAAGCAUAAAUCUGAUCUCAUGCUUCCAGUCUUCUCAAUGCCUGGCAUGUACCCAGACACCCACAGUCCAUUUGCAGUCUCUCCUCUCCACGGACGCGGAGGGCUAAUGAGCGUACCCAUCUCGCCAGCCUUGUCCCUGACACCCACAGUCUUCUCUUACAGUCCUUCACCUGGACUGAGCCCGGCUUUCCAAAGUGGCAGCUGCUUUAACUUCAACCCAGACGAGAUGAAACACUACCUGCAAGCCCACGCCUGCUCUGUAUUUAACUACCACUUAAGUCCACGGACUUUACCAAGAUUUCCCAAUUUCAUGAUGCCGCCACCACAUCGCCCCUUCCCACCUGAAGAGCAGCAGUCUUUCCCCAUUAAGCUGCAGCCUCCUCCGAUGGGACGCAAGAACAGAGAGCGUUCGCAGAGCUCUGAGGAGAAGCACCAAGCUCCUCCACAACCGCCUCUCCAGCCUGUCAAAGUUGAACCAGUGUCAGACGAAGAGGAUCUCCUUUCUGACGAGGAACUGGAUUGUGGAGACUAUGCCGUGAAAGAAGACACCAGUAGUGAAUCUGAAGCAGGAACCCCUUCACCUAAACUGGACUUUGAGAAGAUGGGCCAUACUUUUGUCAAGCCAGCAGCUCCUUCUUGGCCACAGUUUUCCACGGCUUCCGCUAGGCUUCAUUACCCCAAGGAGGGUACAGAAGGUCUGGUCGAGGCUGGCGAGAAAGCCGUGAAAGACUAUCCCACUGAAACUGCUGUGGUGGAAAAGAAGGAGGAGACUCUACCACCAAAGCUGCGCUUUAAACGUCUCUGGAACGGGGAGGCGCACGCGGAAGUUGUUGAGGAUAAGGAGUGCAGAAAAGUCAGUUGCAUCAUCAAUGGCUGCCGCCCCUCCGACCUGCCGGUAGAAACACACGCCGUAGCUGCAGCUGCCGACUCCUAGUACAGAGAUGGCUACUUCUAUUUUUUUUUUUUUUAACGCAUUAUCCUAUUUAUGUGGCAUUGCUGCAGAAAGGGUUGAGGUUGAAGGUUUUCUUUCAUGAAUUCCUAGCCUUCCUAUUGCUUGGAAGGGGAUUUACAAAAUAUAUAUAUAAUUUUACACACCAUAUACUAAUUUUAGGGUUCUAAGGUUUCAGGUAAAAUGAUACCUCUUAUCUAUGAAAGGGGUGCCUUAUAUUUUAGAUCCUCCCUUUUCCCCAAAAAAAAUUUGCCUGUUAGAUGGCCGCAUCAGAGUCCUCUACUUUUUAGCUUAAUAACCGUGUCACGUGGAGCUUCAAUCAAGAAAUUUUUGUAAAGCUGAGAGAUGUUGCGUUGAUGUAUUCAGGGUUCUGUACUUGAGACAAAAAGCAAAUCAGGCAUUUUUGUAAAAAAUAAAUAAAAUCUUAAAAAAUCAGAGGGAGGAGAGUCGGUUGGAAAACCUGACACUACAACACGGGUUGUAGGGACUAGAGAACUGCGCUAGCUGGUUGAGUGGGAGUGAAUGAAGUAGUCUUUGUAAUAUAUUCCCCCCCCCCCCCCCCCACCGUUGUGAUGUCAUGGGUGAGAAGUCCUAUUUUUGUACACGGAAAGUCAUUGUUUAACGAGCAAAGCUUAAAGCAGCAGUACGGUCUAUAAAAUGAUCAGAUGUAGAAGAAAGAAAUUUCUGCACCUGCGUCCAAUUGCUUAGAACGAAUAUAGAUAUUUGCUCAGGAGUAUGAAAUCUAUCCUGACAUAGGAACACCAGGAUGUGGACCUCUUGUGGGUUUCAUGACCUACAAGAAGCAGACGUGAGAGAGCGCAGGAAGUUCAGGGAAAUGAAGUUUAAAAAAAAACUGCACAUGUUCAGCCGCCGCUCUUUUUUUCCCUUUUUGUCUCGAGUUCUUUAAACAGACGUCUGCCUCGAUUUCCUCUUUUUGUGACGUCAGUGCAUUCCUGGUAAUUAGAAGACUCCAAAGUUUCGUACCCUACCGUCAUCAAGUAGAAAAGGACGAUAACACUCGCACAUACUAUAAGGACUUCAGACGUGCUGUCAUCAUGAGGGUUAGGCUUGGCCUCCCAGAGUUUAGGUUUAGUUCCUGGUAGGUUACCAUUGGAACUGGCCUUAGAGAGUCAAUAGCCGUCGUCCGAAUGAUCAACUGUCUCUCCCAUAUCUGUCAUACAUCCAUGAGGAGCAGGUUCUGGGUAUAUGGGUGGUUCUAAAGAGGCUAGUCUGAAUUUAUGGUGGUUAGCCCUUACAGGUUGAGUCCAUCCUUUCAGACCGGUUCCAUAACUUGGUCAGGAAUGCAAUGGGCGGCUCCGAGAGACAAAAUUGCUGUAGCUGCCAAACUUGUUUUAAAGUUGUGUGCACCUGACCCCUCCGAAAGGCAAUUAUAGCAUUGACUUUGGCCAAAAUAUUUACUAUUCUGGUCAGAAUUGACUAAGUGGUAGUAGACCCAUCAGUCUUUGUCUCUUCAACCCUUUGUUGCCUUGGGUUAAAAUAAUCUGUGACUCGAUGAAAUAGUUUGUUAAAAUAGGCUUAAACUACCUCCAUUGAAAAAAGGUUCUCCAAAGAUUUCCACACCAGGAGGUUGCGGUCCAUGACCCCAGAGGCUGCGUCUGUCCUCAUAGGUUGGAGAAUGUCAGAACCUGGCUGUGGUUGGCCUCCAUAAGUUUCCACCUUCAAUGAAUGACAUAGGCUAUGUUUUUACAUUGAAUUAAAACAAAGAAAGCACUUGUCUUCCAAAGCACUUCUUCCACAUUUAAGGUUUCAUCCUUUUUUGGUUUCUCCUCAACUUAGUUGACCUGUAUUUUCCCCUUCCAAUCUUUUGAAGUCAAGCUGUGGUAGACCUGAGCUUGGAAAUUUGGCUCUGAUCCUACUCGGAGAAUACAGAAGGUCUUGUAGAGGAUCUAUUACAUGAGCGUUAAUGUUUUUUGUUUCUACUUGUGAAACCAGGUGUGACCUGUGAUUCAUUUGAGACUUUCCUCGGCCAGUGUGGCUAGGAAUCUAAUCUCAAAGCAGUUUUUGCAUUGCUGGUGCUUUAAUUGGACGAAAAGAAAUGGGACACCUUCCCUCGGGUGCUGUCAUCCUAUAACCUUUUGUUGUGCUCAUUUCUCCAAAGUUCUAGUUCCCAAUGUCAGAUUCAAGAAUGCGGUCUAACCUGUCCUGUUGACACCUUUUUGCCCUGUUGUCUCUUCCUUCAACGCUUGUUUCUUUGCCUGCAGAGGAGUGCCUUUCCUCAGGAACUUCUCAGAAUGAUGCGUGACUCCUACACAUCAAAGUUAAUUCUCUGUUCCUCAUCCUCCUUUCUAUCAGUUUCAUUUUUCAAAUGGUAAAGAUAUGCACAACUUCAUGUUACGGCAAGGCAUUACAUAUUUGCCAACAAUCCCGAAAACUGGACGGCAAACUGUCCGCCCCUAUCCCCCAACAGCAUUGCCCAGAGGUGCAGUAUUUACGAUAGAGACCAAUUCUGUUUGUUCCAUGGUUUUUGAAGUCUUGAUCUGCUUAACCUCCUAGCCAUUAGAGGCAACUGGCUACUGCUCUUUUUGAUAGAAGGCUCCCCAGUGAUCAGAUGUGAUCGGUGGAGAGACCAUAGCAGUAAGUGUUCAAUUCCCUUGCUAGCACUCCCGCAGGACAAGUGAAGUAUUACACCUUUUCAAUUCACUUCAAUGGACAAUGUAUUGCACAUACGUUGGGUCCUUCAGACUGAGAUGUUUCUGGUUAAAUAGAGUGAACACCCCAUUUAGGACCCUUAUUUAAACCAAUGUCUGCUAGUGUAACGUACUGCUGCGUUAACCUUUUUUUUUUUUUUUUUUUUUUUUUUUUUUUUUGAAGGUUCAUCUUGUUUGGUCUCAAUUUUUUAUAAGCAUGUUAUGAUGCCAAAGUAGGAGCAAUGAAGAGUUCAUCUUAUUUUGAUUGGGUUCAUUUUUAUUUUUUCGUAACGUUUGCUACAAGGAGACUGGUUUACAAAUUAGCUCUCCUCCAAAAGGAGGAAUACGGUCUCCCGAAAGCAACCCAUUGGUGGAUACCCUGUAAGUCUGACCCAUUAAAGAUCCUCAGGUUUUGGCUGAGACGCCCAUCUGUAGACAGUUGUUGAGGUUCCUCCUCCUCAUCAUGAGUUUGGCCUUCUACUGGUAAAAUAUUAAAUGACACAAUAUUUGCCCAGCCCCCCCCCCCCCCCCCAAGUGCCAGGUUAAUCUAGAUGCUGCUUUUUUAUGGCCGAUGUAGGCUUGCUAUUGUAUUAUACAGUGUGUUUGUGUGCUAGAAUUAACUUAACAAUGAACCUAGUUUUAUCUUUUUACUUCGUUUAAAAGCAGGUGAGGCUUCAGAAGAGUAGCCUUUACCACGGUGGGAUUUGCACAUCAUACCGAUGGAGUUCUCUCUUGUUUCAGGGAUUUCUCAGGGCCUCCGACACUGGACCCAGCCAUUAGCGUCCAGGUUGCAUUUUUAUUUUCUUUGAAAUGCAUGCAAGCAAAGGCUCUGAGCUCCAAACCAAUGUUGUAGUGAACAAAGAGCCGCUUCUAGUGUUAAAAAGUCGCCAGAAACGAAAGUAGACGGUGUCCUCUAAACCCCUUACUAACAGUCAGGAGUUCAAUUAUAUUUUUUAUUUCCAAGUUAAGUGCCAAAUAUUUAAGCAAGGGAGUGAUGAAAUGCACAUCGGUGUGUUGUGUCUGAACACUAAAAGGACAAUCAACCAAGUGGGGGGGGGGGGGUGUACCAAGCAUUAACCAAUGUUUGUCCUAGAUACUUUUCAGAAGACCACCACAUCCAUGGAAGUCAUAGACUUGGGCCACCACUGGUUUUCAGUAAAACAAAACCAGUUACAAGGUCUGUGGCGGUCAGUAAAACACCAGAUGCCUUUGACACUCCUUUGGGCAUCUUACGAGGGGUUUCACUGACUUUUUUGGUUUUAGACCCAAGCCCUAUGACUCGGUGUGGUCGUUUGUCAUGUUCGAAGGGUAGACUUUCCCGUUAAGUUCUCAAUUUAUGUACUGCGGUCUCUUUUACUUGUAAUAUGUGGGUUGUUUUAGUUUUACGGGGUGGGGGGUUAAUAUCGGGAGCUGUACAGAGGUUAUGACGGCAUGUCAUAUCUAUAUAUCUAAUAGGGCAUGUGAAAUGGGUACAUUUUAUCAUCCCUUUGGGUCCAUGGAGGGUGCCCUUUGUACAGAUGUAACAUAUGGCGCUAUAUUUGUAGGAAGAAACCGAUGCCUUGUGUUGUCCGAGAGAGCAAGUUUCGAGUGAUGAUUCGCCUUUAAAACAAAAUGGCUGACUUUUUGCAUGGUACAGCAAAACGGACAGUCUCGUUUAGUUAUGGCGCCAUCUUGAGGAACCACUCCUAACUACACGAGCUCUUUUUGACGUGGUUUCCUAACCCUUGGUUGAUUGUCCGGAUUUUAAAUUCCAGCAUUGCGUUUGAUUUAAAGUGUUGGAUUUUUUUUCUUUUAGACAUUUUAUAGAGUAUUUUUUUUAAUAAUGCUCCUAUUCUAGAUAUUUAGCGUUGAUGCUGAGGUGGCUAUUAAUGUAUUUGCCCCCGUCAGCUGAAGUGGGGGAGUUUCUGUACAUAAAUGUAUACUAGCUAAUCUGUGCAGUGCCUUUAGACGUUCCGAUUUCUAUAAAGUCUUCAAAACACAACUUUUUGGCAUAUAUAUUAUAUAUAUGAUGUAAUGUUAUAUAGAAAUAUAUGUAUAAUAUACAUAUUUUUUUCCCCAGGGGUAUGUGAUAGCUCUGUAUUUUGUAUAAAAUGAAUUGAAAGUAAAAGUAUUUUACCUCAAAUUUUAAGAUUUUGGAAAAGUUAAUAAAAAUUUCCCUUUUCAUUAAAUGUUGAA